CAACUACAGACGGUUAAGAUUUUACCCACUCCAAACAGUUCCAAAUUCUCUUCAAACGCACAGAACAUAAAACACAGACUGAGAAGCAGUGGAAGAUCGAAAAAAGAAGGGACAAAGAUUUAACAAUGUUCCUACGCGUGAUCGCACGGCCAUUGAUGGCCAGAGUGAAGCAAACGACGGGGAUCGUAGGUCUAGAUGUGGUCCCGAACGCUAGAGAGGUAUUGAUCAGUCUCUACAACAAAACCCUAAAGGAGAUUCAAGCGGUACCUGAAGACGAAGGGUAUAGAAAGGCCGUGGAGAGCUUUACGAAGCAUCGUCUGAAGGUAUGCCAAGAAGAAGAGGAUUGGGAAAUGAUCGAGAAAAAACUUGGUUGCGGCCAGGUCGAGGAGCUUAUCGAGGAGGCUCAAGAUGAGCUUAAACUCAUUGAGAAAAUGAUCGAGUGGGAUCCUUGGGGUGUUCCUGAUGACUAUGAAUGUGAGGUCAUAGAAAAUGAUGCUCCAGUUCCAAAGCAUGUUCCUUUGCAUCGACCUGGACCCCUUCCUGAGGAGUUCUACAAGACGCUUGAGGCUGUACAAUCCAAGGAUGCACCUGCAGUCACCUCUGGUCAAUCAGAGUUGAAGGAGUAACGAGUGAUCACACUUAUUUUGAGAGUUGAAUCUGUUCUAUUGUUCCUAGUUUAUUGUUUGUGUUUGUUCUCUUGUAAUUCCUCUUUACCAGAUCAAAUAGGAUUUUUCAUGAGAUAACAGCCAGAACCAUUCAGUUAAUAAUCCUGACAAGAGCGGAUGUUACAUGAA